UAAUAAGUGUUAAAAGGAAUAUCACUGGCAUUAUAUAUAGUACCGCCAAUCCUCUCAUGUAGCUACAGCACAAAUAGCUUGCUUUCUCAAAGGCUUACUUCUUAAUAUCUAUUAAUGACUCUCUAGGCUUAGUGUUUUUUCCAAUUUAAUUAAGCAGAGCUUUCUAUUAGUGACUACCUAGUUUAAUUACUUAGUCACUUUCAAUAUCAUUAACAGUGUCAAAGAAAGGGGAAACUGAAAAUAACUUCAGUUUUCUAAAUUUAAUUUCAAAUAUCAUUUGUAACACCUGCUUCCAGGUAAUACAUUGUUUUAUUGUACAUUUCCAAAUCGGAAAAACAAAAUAAAUAACAUUUUCCUUGCCAUGGCAGAAAGCAGGCAUUUCUCCAGACCAUUUUUUCGAGACUGGAGCUGGGAUCCAUUUCAAGAGGUAGGCCGGCCAGGUUGGAUCUUUGAUCAGAAUUUUGGGUUGCCUCCUGUCUCCUUAGAACUAGACCUAGGAUGGCUGAAUUGGCUGAAAACAAGGCUCUCCUCAGCCUGGGCUGGAUAUUCCCAUGCAUCAGCCUUAGAAACCUCAUCAGAGGUAACUUCCAAGCAGAUGCCAGGCCUUUUCUGGAGGCAGCUAAGUGGUGGUGUGUCUGAGAUAAAGAAAGAUUUCAAUUACUGGAAAAUAAACCUGGAUGUAAAUCACUUUGCUCCAGAAGAAAUCAGCGUCAGAGUCAAAGAGAGGUUUCUAGAAAUUUCAGGGAAACAUGAAGAAAGAACAGAUCCCCAUGGAUAUAUUUCCAGAUGCUUUACAAGGAGAUACAGACUUCCUUCAGAAGUUGAUGAAGGGGCAAUCACGUCUAUUGUAUCUGCAGAUGGAAUCUUAAGUGUUGAAGCUCCUUUACCGAAAUCUGACAUCCAAGCCCCUGUAGAAAUAGUUAUCCCUGUACAGUUAGAGAAGCCUCAACAUCUAGUACAAACAGCAAGUGAGACAAAUCAUAAAGAAAUCACAGAAUUAAAAUCAGAAACAACACAAGAACAACAAGAAGUUUCUCAAAUUGGUGAGGUAAGUCCAGAAGACCAAAGACCUCUUAGAGAUGAGAGUUCCAUUUCUGUACAAGAAACACCCAAAGAGCCUGAAAUUACUUCAGCAGUUCCUGAAGAAGACUCAAAGGAUGGAGACAUUGUCUGUGACAAUGGAGAAGAGAAACCUAAAGAUUCAGAAGUACCACAAUGCUCUGCUCCAGGAGUUGAUGAGUUUCCAGAGAUGGUAGAAGCUAUUCAUGAGGUCACAUACCAGGAUCAAGAAAACGUCCAAGCCUUUAAGCAGGAAAUUCCCCCAGAAUUUGAAAAAGACCAGUCACUGGAAGAAGAACCCAAAGAAAUAGAGGGAAGUCAUGACACUGAAACAAGAGACAUCACACAUGAAGAAGUUAGUGAAGCCUCUGAUCAGGGCACUGAUCAAAAUGUAUCUCCAGUAUCUCUUGAGGAAAUUCAUAAAACUGCAGAAAAGAUUCUAGAGCCUGAUCAAGGCAUGCCUGUAGAAGUUUCAGAAGAUCAACAUUCUGGCCAGAAAAUCCCAGAAGAUACUGAAGCAAUACAAGUAUCUGACCAAAGUGUAAUGAAUGAGCCAGAUGUGUCUCUCACAGAUAACCAGAAAUGUUUUAAGGAUCCAGAAAUAGUCGAGGGCUCUGAACAAGAAAUACUUAAAGCUCCAGAUGUAUCUGUAACCAAUGAUACAGAGAAGGAAGCAAAUCAAUAAACGAGAGAAGCCUUUAUACAAGAGGCAGCCAAAGAUAUGUUAUUAAUAAAUAAAUUAAAAAAAUAAAUUCCCUUACCCCUCCCCCCCAAAAAAAACCUCUAGUAAUCAACAGAAAUACAAAACUAUGCAAACAACACCCAACAUGGCAGUAUACAGCUCUGAAAGGUAACAAUUGCACAGGCCAAACAAACUCUGCAUACAAUUGUUUAGUCAAGCCUAGCAAUGACAUGAACAGUUAAACCUAUGAAGUCAAGACAGAUGAUCGUUUCCUAUGUUCUACAUAGAAAAUACGGUGAUGUUUUAUUUUUUAAGAAAUGUUUAGAAAGACCAUUGAAUAUUGUUAUAUUAUUUCCUUAUGAUUAUGCUGCAAUGGUAGUUAAAUCCUGCAUAAAACGUUUAUCAUUAUUUCUUCAA